GGCUAUGCUAUGCUGUGAUGGCCGGUUGGAAGGACAGGAGGGUCUCCUGGAAGGUCGACUGCAUCUUCGGCCACCUGUGACAGACACAUUGUGCGACACACAGAGCAAAGCGGUGCAUGGCGGGGAUGACUGUGCAGGCGGGGAGACCAGAUCAGCCGUAUAAUAUUUACCUCUUUUCUGAGGUGAUGCAGUUGAUUUGCCACAGCUUGCCCUCAAAGAUGGAUAGCGCCACCAGCUCGUGGACGGUCUCGCCCUGCAACUCAAAAGUGUAGUAAACAUGGUCGCCUGCACACAAACAUCACAAGACACACACCGCGACACACAGAAAGACUGGUCCAUUUCUUGCCCCUCCUCCCCACCCCUCCUCCCCUGCUCACGUGUUCGUCUGGCGGAUGCGCCGAUGAGGUUGCAGUUUCUGAUUUUGGCGAGCUUGGCGCCGACCUCAGCGGGGUCGCCCAAUGACUCCACUGAGCUGCUCUUGGACACCGGCUGCAUUGCAUGCCAUGGAAUAGACAGACAGACAUACGCACACCGCAAUGCAUUCAAUGCCCCCGUACUGUACUCGCCCCAUCCAUUCCGUUCCAUACAUUCCCCGCCCCGCACCGCCCCGCCCUGCGUGCCUUUGAUGCGACUGUGAUUUGUUCGAGCUUCUCCACGACGUCCUGCCACUUGACCACAUACUGAUUCUUGCAACGAGCAACCUGCACACACAUACAAUACAGACAGAGGUGAGGUGGCCAACCCACUUGCUCUCAACCCCCCCGGUGUCGUCUGUCUGUCUGUCUGUCUGUCACUCACCUGGUCCUCUGUUCCCACACACUGGAAUUCGUUCCAUCCCGAAGGCCGGUUGAGCUUGAAGCCCCGUUGGAUGUCGUUGUAGGGCUGCAGCUGUCCCCCCAUCCUGUUGGUCGACGGUGGCACCUCAGGGAUGGUGGCGAUGGCCUCACCAGCCGCCCACGCACUGCCAACACUGCCUCCUGUCAGCACGGCGGCACUAAUGGCGGGCACCAGGGCGGCGAGGCGGUCGAUGAGAGCCCGCCGAGACUCCUCUGCAGAGGGAGAUGAGGACAGUUGCCAAGCAGACGAGGGAGGGGAGUGGGAACCAGGGCUGAGAGAUGAACGAAGGACAGAUCUCCUGAAACGAAACACACACAGCAAGAUGGUACACAGACGAGUGCAGUGCAGUGGAUGGCUUGGAUCUGGGCAAGACUGCACACCUGGCGCUGCUGGGGAGUACAGUGCGGGAAAAGGCUGCGGCGAGGGGCAGAAGAGUCACGGCAGCUCCCAAGCACAUCGCUCUCAACCGAUUUGAGCCUGCCAUCGGGAAAAACAAAGAGCAAUCCUCUAGGAAGCUCAGCUCGCAAAUCGCGAUCUGAGGCAU